UAAUUGUUUUCCCUCACAGUUGAUAACUAUUCCUUCCUCUGAUGACAAUCCUCAGGAUCAUUGUGAAUCUUUUAAAUCCAAAAAGCGGAAAAAGAAAAAAAAUAAGCAAAAGGACAAAACUGGAAUAACCUACCAAUUAGGUAAUAUAAAACUUCCAAAUGACCCAGGGAUUGCUGAUCAAAAUAAACAAGUGAUAGAUUUGCUAAAAGUAAAUAUCAAGAUGCUAGAUCAUGUUGGAGAACUUAGUCGUUUGUUUGGGUCAGAAGUUAUCGGUGGGUCCGAAACAUAUUUACGAAGAAAACGAAGUCGCGUCAAACGUGGUAUGCUUGUAUCGAUAAAGUCCACUUGGCCACCUACUGUUCGAAUUGGCUUGAGUAUGGAACCUUUGGGUUGUGGUUCAUAUACUUUCGUACACAGUAAAGAAUAUCAAAAUAUCCAGAGGUCAUUUUACAAUGCUUUAGAAUCCAUGAAUCCAAAUAAUUUGAAUUCUUUACUACAGUUGAGUGAAAUAAUGAUGCACCAGGAAGAUACGACUGUAGGUACUGAUCUUCUGGAACGCGCACUCCAUGCUUUUCAAUCAGCUUUCCAUCCAUCCUUUAAUCCAUUCAACGGUUCUUGUCGUCUAGACUUUAAGCGUCAAGUCAAUCGUGGUUUGUUUGUAGCACUUUUCCGCUAUAUCUUGAAAAUUAGUGAACGGGGCUGUCAUCGAAGUGCACUGGAAUAUUGCAAAUUAUUGUUAAG